GUGUUUGGAUCACGUCGGGGUCAUGAGCACCUUAUUGUUCGGGGCAGGCACGGUAGUGUAGCGGUCAGUGUAACCCUUUACAGCGCCAACGACCUGGGUUCAAAUCCGGCCGCUGUCUGUAAGGAGUUUGUACGUUCUCCCCGUGUCUGCGUGGGUUUCCUCCGGAUGCUCCGGUUUCCUCCCACAUUCCAAAGACGUACGGGUUAGGAAGUUGCGGGCAUGCUAUGUUGGCGCCAGAAGCGUGGCGACACUUGCGGGCUGCCCCCAGAACGCUCUACGCAAAAGAUGCAUUUCACUGUGUGUUUUGAUUACCAGAACAAACAGUAACAAGGAGAGCUAUGCAGUGGGUCAGGUGGCAGACAGUCUGCCCUGUAAUCCGACAGCUAAGGGCAAGACAUCCCCACUGAUGACUCUUUUCUCUACACCCUCAAUUUCCACAAGCCAGUUGUUAUUCACUCCCAUCCUGGAGCGUAAGGUCAGUGGUAAGAAAAGAAAGAUUCCAGAAGAUGAGGAUGCCUUUGGAAAUAAGGCCAAGGAACAAAAGCCAGAGGAGACGAAACCUGUUCGACGGAAGGAGCUCACAGCAGCUGAACAGAAACUGGCCCAACGAGAGAGUGCCUUGAGCGCAGCAGACGAGGAAGGUGAAGGGGUACGCCGCGUGAAGCGGAAGCGUAAAAAGGAGCAGGCAGAAGAUGGGCCGUCAGUAGCACUGGAGCAAACGACGGGGAAAGCAGCCAACCGUUUCAGGAAACGCAAGGUGAAACCUGAGGUGGAGAAAAUAAAGAACAAGAGGACUGUGUUUGUGGGGAACCUGCCCUCUGAGUACAGUAAACAGAUGAUCAUAGCGCUGUUUAAAGAGUUUGGGCCAAUAGAAUCUGUGCGGUUCCGUUCUGUGGCACGGGAGGAACCUAACAUCUCCAGGAAGUUGGCCACCAUCCAGAAGAAGGUUCAUCCCAAGCGGAAUAACAUGAACGCCUAUAUUGUGUUUCAGCAGUGCAGUAAUGCAGUCAGAGCCUUGACAAGGAAUGGAUAUGAAGUAAAAACUGGAUUUAAUAUUCGUGUGGACCUAGCAAGCAAGUCAGAUGUGCAUGACCAUCGGCGAUCCAUCUUUUUGGGCAACUUGUCGUAUGAUAUCCAAGAAAAUGAUGUGCGUGAUCACUUCAGUGAAUGUGGAGAAGUCGAGUGCGUGCGGAUAGUGAGAGACAAGGAAUCGGGAAUGGGGAAAGGAUUUGGAUAUGUGCUUUUUCAGAGCACAGACGCUGUAACACUGGCCCUUAAGCUCAAUAACUCAGAGCUAAAAGGACGCAAGGUGCGAGUCAGCCGCUCGGUGAAGAAGGAAAGAGACUCCCAGGAUCCAGCCACCAGUCGUCUUGCGGAGGGGAAGAAAUCGGCAGCCAAGGACUUCUCUGGGUUGAUGGUGAGGGCAGCGGAGGGAAAGAAAACCAAGAGGAAAAAUCAAGGGAAGAAGAGGAAGCAGAGCCAGAGGAAGGUUGGCAAGUCUAAAAAGAGGUGAAAGGUUGCAGCCUGUCCGAGCUCAGCCGAAGUCCCCCCUGAAGCCACGGGCUCUGGCGAUGCUGGCUGGAGUUUUCAGACCAGGGCUGGAUAGUAGGACAAGACGGCCACUCCUUCCACAGGCUUCUCCUCUUCUGCCAAGAGCAAGUGGUUAGACCUGGACAAUUGCUGUUUAACACUGACUGUACAGGUGGUCCUCAGAAAUUGACCAGUGCACCUUUAUUUCAUGAGGGUGGCCCUGUUUGAUUUUAUUGCCUUGAAUCCAUGGUGCAGUCUUCUCAACUCGAGUAUUUGAGACAUCUUUGACACACUGUAUGUUAACCCUUCCACUAGGCACUCCCCUAACUCCACACCUUGGUGAAUAAAACUGGGCAAUUUAAUCAGCCACAAUCCA